AAAAGCUGCGCGCGCUCUCAGUCGGACGCCGCGAGUUUCCAAAACUCCAGCUGUAUAUGUGUAUAUAUUUAUAUCUAUCAUAUAUAUAUAUAUAUAUGAGUAAAGAUCUCGUUGUCCUGCUCGAUCAGGGUCAGCACCAUGUCGGACACCGCGCUCCUGAGCACCGUGCUGCUCUGUACCCUCAGCCUCGCGCGCUCUCAGCAGCCCGACUACCAGCACGCAGCCGCUUUAGACGCGCGCGGCAGAUACGUGAUGAGAUGGAGGUUUGACCAAACGAGCAUCGCGCUCGAGAUCCAAGCGCAAACCAGAGGAUAUGUCGGCUUCGGCUUGUCUCCAAACGGCGCCAUGGCUUCGUCUGAUAUCAUCUUUGGAGGGAUUGCAGACGGGAAACCUUAUCUCCACGACUACUAUGCAGACAGCAAAAGAAGAGUCCAUAAAGAUCAGGUCCAGAACUACAAGCUGCUGUAUGCAAGAGAAAACCACACACACACUGUGCUGGCGUUCAGCAGGGAGCUGCAGACCUGUGACCCCGAUGACAGAGAAAUCACGGGUAGUACAAUGCGGGUGAUCUGGGCAUUUCAUGAAGAAGAUGUUGGGCCGUCAGGGCCGGUGUACCAUGGAGUAAACAGAGGGAGGAAAAGUUUACGUUUCCUCAACCCUGGGACCAGCAAGAGUGUUCCUCAUGGAACAGCUAGCUUCGAGCUGCGGAACAUUAACGUCCCAGUGCCUCAAAAGGACACAACUUACUGGUGUCAGAUGUAUAAAAUCCCGGACGUGAAGAAAAAGCAUCAUGUAAUCAAAAUUGAACCACUGAUCCAGAAAGGCCAUGAGAGUCUGAUCCACCACAUCCUGCUCUAUCAGUGUGAUAGCAACCUGAAUGAAAGCGAGCUGGAGAUCGGACAUGAAUGCUUCCAUCCCAACAUGCCCGACUCCUUCGUGACAUGCCAAACUGUCAUUUUUGCAUGGGCCAUUGGUGGAGAGGGCUUCACUUAUCCUCCGCAUGUGGGAAUGUCAAUAGGAACAGCUGCAGAUCCGGUCUAUGUGCUGUUGGAGGUUCAUUUUGACAACCCUGCUUUACAGAGAAGAAUAGUGGACAGCUCGGGUCUACGUCUGUACUAUACCCCCAGGCUGCGGAGUUAUGAUGCAGGGGUGAUAGAGACAGGGGUGUGGGUCAGCCUUUACCACAUGCUGCCUCCUGGGUUACAGGACUACGUUACUGAGGGUCACUGCAUGCAAGAGUGUCUGCAGGAAUCUCUGGACAGUGAGAUGCCCAGUGGUGUUCAGGUGUUUGCAGUCCUGCUCCAUGCUCACCUGGCCGGCAGAGCCAUCAGGACCAGGCAUUUCCGUCAGCAGGUUGAGCUUCCUCCUCUUUCCUCAGACGAGCACUUCGACUUCAACUUCCAGGAGUUUCAGCCACUGAACCCAGAGCGGCAGCUUUUGCCUGGGGACUCGUUAAUUACUGAAUGCAUAUAUAACACUAAAGGCAGGAAGAACAUGACAUGGGGUGGCUUGAGCACGAGGGAUGAGAUGUGCUUGUCAUAUCUGCUGUACUACCCUCGAAUCAACCUGACCAGGUGUGAGAGCCUUCCUGAGAUCACCGGCCAGCUCAAAUUCAUCGGAGUCAAGGAAAUUCAGAGCCCUCUUACGACAUGGCCUUUUGUGAUUAAAAGUCCGAAGAAAUACAGCAACCUUUCAUUCACCGAAGCCAUGGACAAGUUCCGAUGGACAAAGAAGAGAGGAAAAGACUUCAAUGAAGUUGUGCUGAAGCUCCCAGUGAAUGUGCGCUGCUCCAAGCUGGGUUAUGAUGAGUGGCUGGUUCAGGGCACGAUCAUGCCUCCCCCGAAGCUGAAAUCAGUUCGACCGCCUGCCAAAAGCAUGUGUAUGAACAGCUCGGCAUCUCAGAAUCAUCACACCCUCUCUGUACUAGUCGUCACAGUUAUGUCCUUACUCUUCCUUUACAAUACCCAGCGCUGACUCCAUGUGCUUAAGACGACAAGUAGUCUAGACAAACCUUUACUCCAACAAACAUCACGCACUGAUGCAAAGCACAGGACAACAGCAGCAGGAUGUUGUUGGACUGAUGGAGAUGAUUAGUCUGGAGAAAAGAACCAGCAUGGUUACAAACCUAAACAAAUAAUGAUGUAUUAUACACUCUCUAACCAAACGUCUCUCAUAUUUAACCAUCCUCAGUGGAAAUUCUGUUCUUUUCCUCAGAAGAACAGAUUUAUAGAAGACAAACAAUCAGCACAAGUUCAACCAAAACAAAUGCACAUCUAGUCAAUAUAUUUUGGAUACCAUAUAUUCCUUUUUUUUUUUUUUUGGUUAAACAAGUCAUUGUAAAGUAUUUUAAAUAUUCUAAAAAUGGAAUAUCUCAAUACAGAAUAGUUAUAUGUGAAUAGAAAAAUGGUUGGAAUGUUUUUUUUUUCUUUUCUUUUUUUUUUGUCAAGAAGUCUGUCUAAUUCGUUUGAAGUUCACUUGAAUUCAACAUUUGUACUACACUAUAUACAUUUAUCUUCAACUGAUACUAGUACUAGCCAACUACAAAGUGCAUUAUGGGAGUUUAGACACCACCCCAAUGCAGUGCAUUAUGGGAUAGCAAAAGAGCUCUACACUAUAGGUGUUCUUCAUUGUGCUUUCAGACAUCAUUAUGAUGAUUACAAAAAAAAAAUCUCUAACUCGUGCAUUAUAUAAUGAUGUAGUGAACAGGGUGUGGUUUCAAACAUACAGAGAGGAUUUUAUCUAUAGGCUAAGCUUUGUGAUAAAUAAAGCAUUACAUUGGAGAACUGUUAGCAUCUGAGAGCAGAUUUAAGUGCAAAAAAAGAUUGACGUCAUUCUUGGACCUGUUGUUUAUAAUAUUUCCGAAGUACCAUUUGAACUACACUGCCAGUCAUAUGUUUUUCAACAACAUAUAUUUCUAUAUUUUAGCUUUAAAAAAAAUUAAUUUUGAAAUACUUGAAAAUCUUUUGAAAAAAAUGUUUACUAUGAUUGUUUUUUUAUUUUUAAUCUAUUAGUAUUAAUAAUUAUUUUAUUGGAACAUUCUAGAUCAAAUCACAAAAGCCCACAUACAUAUGUUGUAAUAAUAAAGCACUUAUUUUAGAGUCUCAUUAGGAUUUGAUAGUGAUUAAGGAAUAAAUUAGGAUGGGGCUUUUGUAGGAAAAUACAGGGUUAACCCCUGAAGUUGUUGUUUUUCCAAUAACAACACAUCCUGAAGUGAUUUAUUCCUUUUAUUUCACAGCUGGUUGUCAGCGUUGAUUUUUUUAAAUUAAGGAACAUUGCAAAAAAAAAACAUUUGUUCCUGCUAUCAGUUAGAUUAUAGCAGCUAUUAACAAACAAUCUCCUGAAAACUUUCUCAUGUUAUAAAAAUUAAAGUUACAACUUUAUGUAUGACACUGGAGACUCCUUUGAGAAAUGAGAAAUAAACAUCUCGUUCCAGAAA